AUGUUCACGUCCUUGGACUUCAAGUACGAAUUCCUCAUUGAAGCCCUGACAUCUCUCAUAAAGAUGCUGACCAAUCAAUUAUUGAGCAUAUUCAUCAUCAAGGAGGAGAGUGUUAUUACAUUCCUGAGAAAUCACCCAGCCACCAAUUUGCCCCUCCUAAUUGAACUCCUUACAGAGUACAUUCGCAAUCAUUAUUCGAAUCAAAACAUAUACAUCAAGAAAACAAUCCAAUAGGCUAUUGAUAUGACCAUCUCCUAAUUGCGGUGUCAACAAUAGUCCUAUGACAACAAGAAAUACAUAAUCUUUAGUGAUUUCACUAAUUUCAGUUAUGGAGGGUUCUUGGCCUUUGAUUUAUGGGACACCCAAGGGUACACAUUCUCAUUCAAUGCUGUCUUGAUUGGAUCCCAGAAGUUGAAUGGCUACGAGUCAUUCAAAUUAGUUAUAGAUCCGCAGGUGAUUUCAGAUUACAUGGAAAACUUGAAUGGGGAACUGUAUGACAUCAACCUAAGAAAUAAGAAUGGCGUGCUGAUGGACAUAGAUCAAAUUAUAGUGCCAAUCAGUAGUAACAAGCAGGUGUAUAACACGAGAUAAUAGGUGGGAGAGUAUAUCAACAAAUACCCUAAGGAGAUGCUGGAAAUGAGGAAGAAAGAAGGGUUCAAGGAGGAGAACUCACAGACCUUAAGCAUUAGAGUGAACGAUCAGAUGAGGCUGCUCUAUCAGAUUGGGGAAGACAAUGUGGCCAUCUAUUUGGAGCGCAAUUAGUUGAUGGAUCGGCCACAGAGUCCCUAGAAGAAGCAGACGGAGUAGGAUAAUGAGAUCAACACGAAUUGCAAAAUGCUGUUUGAGAUGUAUAAGGAAAGGGAUCAGCUGCAGGAGAUUGUUUUGGACAUGCAAUUGUAGAAGAUAUCCAUAGAGGAGGGCAUGGGUUUAUUGGUGAAGAGGAAGGCCUUUGAGAGUCAGAAAUUUAUCAAUAGAAAUUUCAAGCAAAUCUCGUUGGUUUAUUUGAUACGACCGAUUGAUUUUAGGCAGUUCUAAGAGGAGGGAGAAGAGUUCAACAAAAACCAAUUUUACCAUUACAUUCGCUAAAAGUUGCAGGAGGUUUCAACAAAGCAAAUACAGAAUUGUUUAUUGUAUCAGUAAGACUAGGACUUUGUGAUGAUCAGAAUCCUUUGGCAUUCCCAUACGAUUAUUAGAUUGAUAUGCAUUUAUAAUGAUUCCAAAAUGCUGCCCAUAUUGUCCAAUAGGAUUAAGGAGGUCUUCAGGAGUAAUUAAAUUCUGAGAAAUUCCCUUAUAGAAUUCGAUCAUUCUUUGAAGAAUCUGCUAAUCAAGAGCGAGACUCACGUUUUGAAGAAGAACCCAGAACUGUAUGUCUUGGAGAGGUGUUGGGAAUGGAAGAAGGAAUUGAUUUGGGAUUUGCAGUAGAUGUACAAGAUCCUGACGAGUGUGAGGAUUAAGUCAAAUUAUUGGAGAGUGCCCUCUUUGAAUGACAGAACUAAUAAGUUCUUUGUUGCUCAAUUGGAAUUGGGAUAGAAGAUUGUCAUAGUUCAGAAUUUGAUCUUGCAGGAAGAUCGAAUCAUUUGCAAUAUAUUCACAGAGAAUAUCAUUUCGGAGGAGAGGAAUGUGCUAAUAGAAUAUUUUGAUAAGAUAAAGGAAUUUGAAAAGUAAAUAGUUAUCACUCUCCAUACCACUCAUAGUAUGUACAGACAAUCACUCAUCAAGAAAUAGAACAGUUCCUAAGUGGACUUCUUCACUCUGCAAUUCAUCACGAGACAAGGGAAGCUAUUUCAAACCAAAGAAUAGGUGAGUAAGUAAUUCUUGGAGUAUGCUCAAUCCUAAGCGACGUAUUAUCCAACUCCUACUAAUCAAUUGGAUUACAAUUCCCUAUUUCAGAAGGGGUACUUGUAUUAUGAAAUUAAGCAAAAGUAAUUAGAUGAGGAUUCCAGGAAUAGAUUGAAUACGGGGUAUCUGCAAGUCUUGCAAUAGAUAGCUAAUCACAUAGUACUACGAUAAUAGAGUCAAUUGGACUAAGACUUGUUGUUUAUUGUGGUUGGUCCACAGAGAUUGUUGAUGAUUGCCUUCACAUUGGAGAACACAGCAUUUUAUUUGAUUUCCUUGGAGUAGAUAGAGCGUAAUCAUACAUCUCAUCCAUUUUUGAAUGCCAAUCAAGAGAAGAAGGUGGAUGCCUUAAUAAAUUUUGUGCAGCAGGAGUACAAUUCUGUGUAUGCUAAGGAGGUGCAUCAACAAUUCAUGAGUAGCAGCUUUACAUGUCGAUUACAGGAGGCCAUUGAAGGAUGUCAAAUAGAGAUACUUGAUGUGGAUUUGAAUCAAGCUCAGCAGGAUCUUAGAUUGCUAUUUGAUCUGUAGGCAAGGAAGAUUCAGAAGAAAUCGUAAAUUGGCGAAGAAACUCAAAGUCCGAAUAAAUAGUUUAGAAGACAGAAUUAUUAAUAACGAUUAAGUGAUAUCAAAUAAUAGUUUGUUUAGAAGCAAUGUUAGAAAUGGGAUGAGAGAUUACUGAAGUUAAUGAAUGAUCACAAGAUCAGUAUGAAGCAGAUUGAGGGUUCUCAGUAAUGGUAUUAUUAUGACAACAAACAAGAGAAGAAGGAAAACAUUCUAUUUCUAAGUGUUAAGUUUAAGGAUGGGGAGUCAGAAUACUCAAGUAUUUAGCAAUUGAUCGAAAAUUUUAGGUAGAAGCAAAAGAGAUUGAAAUUGACCAUUUCCUAUUUGAUUUAUUAUUACGAUAAGAGAAGUCUAAUCAAGAUCUUGAAUGAAGGUCUGGACUUUCUACAAGCUAGUCAGACUGACGAGUUGACAUCAAUUAAAAUAAAGAUUCAGAGGUGGUCGGAUCCUUUCAGGAAGUACAACAAUGAAUUUAUGAAGAAGUUUCAAAUGGAGAUUCAAAGAUUGUUGCCAAUUAACGAGGACAAUAUCAAAUUGAUAUACACUAUGAUUGAGGGAAUGGACAACAAAUCUGUGGAGUAUAAACAAUCAGAUCGAAAAUAUGAUAAGCAUUUUGCAUCCUAAUUUUCUGAUGAGAUUCGCAACACUUCAGAGUAGAAUUAAUUGUUUAAAUACAUAAACUUAUCAGAUGAAUAUUAUGUGUUCAUAUUGACAACUGAGAAUUGCAACAUGCCUUAAUUUGAGGAGUUUGAACUGGAAAAAGAGUUCUUGGCAGAUGAACCAUAGGUGAUUCCCUUCUGGUUCAUCGUCAGAGUUCAGGAAUAAAACUUUUCUAUUGUGUGGUAUUCUGAGUAUCAAUUUGAGUCUCUGAAGUAAACAGCAGAGGAAUUGAAAGAGUUGAUAUUGGAGACUAUCGACAGAACUUUAUUGUUCUUGAUAAUAAGGAAGGCCACUGAAUCCACAAAUAGAGUGAAGUUGAUCCUAAGUCCUUAUUUUGAAAUAGAUGAAGAGACUCCAGCCUUAGAGCAAUUCAAGCAAAAUCAGAAUCCCGCUCCUGCGCCUUCUAUGUAGAAGAAUGUCUCAAUGAGACAAAUGUGGAAAACAAAAACUGUAGUUGAAACUAAAGUGCAGGAACAGAAGGAGUAUAAAAUACCCUUUGUUGGAUGGAAAGUGUUUCAUCCUUAUCAACCCAAGAAACCAUUCAUUUAAUACCUGAUCAAUAAUACUAUUUUGAUGAACCAUCAAAUAGAUUCCAAUCAAUAUUAUGGGUAGUUGGACAAAUAGUACUAUCUAUUCAGCUUUUAGAAUGUGAAGAAUAUCAGCAAUUACGCUGAAAAGUACCCUGAAUUAUGUUCAGACAUUAUACCUGGUCAACUGUCCAUAAUAAUGAAUGUGUAUUCCACCAACAAGAAUCAGAAGAAGAUUAAACAAGAUAUCGACUAUUACUAUGAACACAUCAAGAGGAACAUGGAUGAAGACACAAUCAAUGCCUUGUCUCAGGGUGUGAUUCGUAAUCCCAGAUUGAAGGAACAGGAGUUCUAUUUGAUUCAGAAGGGUGAACACAAUUACAUUGAGAUUUUGUUGAAUAACAACAUAAAGGACAUGUUGGCAUUUUCUACCUUCAUGAGACACAAUCUGGAGAAGACCUUCUGCAAGUAUGAGGUUCAACAGUAGGAGAAGGGUAAAUUCGAUGUCCAAAGGGAUGAUCUCAGAUACAUAGUAGAUCAACAUGAGAAUUCAUUCAUCUUCUCCAAAUACAAAGUGGUCUAUUCCCCCAAUGUAAACAUGUCCAAUUUCUUUGGUCAAGGAUUGUGUUUGUUAAACUUCUUAUACCAAGUCGAUGGUGAAAUUAUCACUUCCUACCAAUUUCCCAAACAGCCUAAGUGCGUUCAGCAGGAGGAUCUAUUGGUCAUUCCUGCCUCAUUGCCACCUCUGCAAUUCUAUUAGGGAUCUAGGACACACAGAAGUGAGGUGUGUUAUGAUAUUAGUAAAAAUUACAAUGAGAAAUUCUUAAUAAUUGACGUGAUUUCGAGAGGACAAUUGGAAUGGAAUGCUUUUAAGGAGUACUUCUCAGCCUUGGUCAGAUAGGUGGAAUUGGAAUACCAGAUUGAGGUAAUCUAAUUAAAGGGUAAAAAUAGAGAUAACCUUUAAGAGAUACAACAAACCUUUAAACAAUUGAAACAUUAUAGUUUUAAGAUGCAUCAUUUUGUGUAUCCCUUGCAUUACGAUGAGAUUUUGUGGAGCAGUGUGAUGGGACAACUAAAAAAUAAAAUAAUUGCGGAAUUCGAUAAGAAAGGAAUAAGUACUCAACUCUCUCAACAAUUUGAACAGCAAUUUUCAAUAUCGCCAAGUGCCUAAUUAGAUCAUGGUUCGAUGGUUUACAUUAUAAAUGAUGGACAAGAUUACGAAUAAGCAACCCUUUUGGAUGGAGUGAAGCAUUUCGCAUCGCAAAAACAAAAGAAAAAUGACCCAAUUGAUUUGUAUCAUAGAAGUUUAUUGGUGUAUGUGCAUUUGUCUAAUCAAACCUUAGAAGUGUUCCUGUACAAUUUAAAUUGCGAUGUUGCUGCCAAUUUGAAUCAUCAAUUUGGUAUAUUAUCGAGGUGGUCGAUCAUAAGAAAUCUGGUGGCCUAGAAGAUGAAAAACGAUCUUUGUGGCUGUUAUAAUGUUAGGUUGUCUCCACUGUAUGAGGAGAUAUUUAUGACUAAACACAACAUCUAUGAUCACUCGAUCGUUAAUGAUUUGCUUAGACUACGAAGUUAGGAUCAAGCCAAUAAAAAGGUGAAGAAGGAGGAUCAACCUGAUCAGUUCCCAACGGUCUCCAAGGCUAUUGAUACAAUUGUGACGUAGGAGUUCCCUCCUCAAGAUAUUUAAUUGUUUGAGUUUGUGAAGCAUCUGGAGAAAUUCUUUAAGCUCAACUUCAGCGUGGUUAAGCCUAAGAAGUUGAACAUCGAUCAGAAUCAGCAGGGGGAUUUUCUACAGAGGGAAGGCAAGGCGUUUUUGGAGUUGAUUAAGGACUUCUAUAAGAAUUACAUUCAGACCCAAUUGAUCAAGUAUGUGAAGAAGAUGAAGGUAUCAGGAGACACUUAGAUUGCUUAGUCGAAACCAAUAUUGGAGAAGAUACUGAACUAGAGCAAGAGUCGUGUGCAAUCAUUUCCACUGUACAUAUUCAGAAUGAAGGAGAAGUCAGAACUGAAGGGUAGUUUGGAUUUGGAGAAGGAAUUCCAGUCUUUGAUCAAUCAGGGUUACAGGAAGGUGUUGAAAUAAUCGAACUAUGAAAUAUUCUUGGGAGAUGACAUCAAGAUGGAUGAUAUUGAUGACCAGAUUAUGGAUGAUGAGCUAAAGAAGAAUGUUCAGUUGUUGAGUGAGGAGGAUGCAAAGAGUCUCAUGUAAUAAGUGGAUUUGCGUCUGUAUUACAAUGAAAACAUGUUGAACCACAUGGAUCAUCAUGCUCAAAGUUCAGAUUUGAUCAGAAGGGUGAAUUACUUAAGGAGGAAGGACAAUCCAUCCAUAAUUAAGAUGGUUGCUCUUCUGUCCUUUAAGUGUCCAUUCAUAUUCGAAAAGAUGUAUUGUCUGCCUGGGGAAGAGUUGCCGCAAGAAGAGAAGGGGACUGAGAACUUCAUCAAUUAGAAAUUGGAACAGUUCCAUUCCAAAUUGAUAGAGUAACAAUGGAAGAAGAAUGAAAUGCAGAUAGAUUUAUACAUGCUCAUCAAUGGGUACACAAAGAUCUAUCAGAGAUUCAACCAUUAAUACCCUAAGAUAGACAGGAUCCUAUACAGAAUCUCCGUGGGAUUUGUGUUGGAUUGGAUUAAGAUAGAUGGGUUCAUCAAGUUCAUAUUGGCAAACAGCAAGAUAUAUUAUUUGAACAAAUUGCAUGGGUUCUACGUGUAUGACAAUCAGCAUGUGCUUUAGAAAUCAGAGCAGCUCCAACUUUCUCUUUACAUAAAUUUGCUGAGUCAAAAUGACUUGGUUGACUUUAAGAACAUUAUUGAAUUGGAAUUGGAUGAACAACAACAGGGAUCGAAGUAGCUGUCUUUGGUUGCUAAUCUGUUAAUCAAUAGUCCGAAUAUCGAUUAAUUCUUGCAAAUAUUCUAGUUGAGUCUUUUGGAGACCUUGAAGCGAGCUCACAAGAACUUUAUGGCGUAUGAGUGGUGGAACAAGAUCAAGAUCAACAAUCAAUUAGGGGCUCAAGACUUAGCGUUUUUGAUUCCGUAUUGCUAGUAGAUUCAAACAAAGGUAUUUUAUGCAUUUUAAAUGAAAAUAGAAAUUGGCCAAGGAAAUAAGAUUUGA